AUGAUAAAAUGGCUUCUCAGUACAAUCCCUACUUCAUCAAUUGACGGAUAUUCUGUGCUCUUCUCUCCGUUUUCUCCUAAUCUGUUGGGAUUUGUGGGUGGUAGUAAUUAUGGGAUAUCGGGAAAAGGAGGCCUCAUUAUCAUAGAACACGGACCAACUGGAUAUAAGGAGAUUAGGAGGUAUGGAUGGAAGGACGUGCUGUACAAUGUGACGUGGAGUGAGAUUGAUGAGUCAGUGGUCGUUGUUGCUAGUGGUGAUGGAAAUAUUGUCAUUUUUAACAUCACACAAGAUGUUCCUGUUGCUGUAAUGUCUGGACAUUUAGGAGAGGUCAGCAGUGUUGAGUGGAGUCUCUUAAGGAGAGAGCAGCACCUCAUCAGUUCCUCUUGGGACAAGACAAUUAAACUAUGGGAUCCUGCUACUGGUACUUGUCUAAAUACACUGUCUGGUCAUACUGGUAUAGUUUACUCCACUAACUGGUCUCCUCACAUACCAAACACUGUAGCAUCAGUAUCAGGUGAUGGUACAUUGAGGUUAUGGGAUGUAUCUCAGUCAUUGAACACUGGUACUGUUAAUGAUGGAGGGAAUGAGGUGCUCUCUUGCAGCUGGAAUAAAUAUGAACAAAAUUUGUUAUGCUCCGCUGGUACAGACAACACAAUAAAAUUGUGGGAUAUAAGACAGUUUACUGUGCCAUUAUUGAUAAUGACUGGUCACUCACAAUCAGUUAGACAAAUCAAGUUUGAUCCACACACUCCGAGUUACCUAGCAUCAUGUUCCUAUGACUUCACUGUCAGACUAUGGGAUACAGCUAAUCCAUUGCAUCCUCUCAUACAAACAAUCUCCCAUCAUAAUGAGUUCACGUAUUCUGUUGAUUUCAGUGUUCACCAGAAAGGACUGAUUGCUGAUUGCUCUUGGGAUAAAACAAUUAAACUAUACACUCCAUCAUUCGUAACUCCUCCUCCUCCUAUUUCAUGACAUUACAUAAUUUCUGUACAGUGUUA